AUGAGAAUUGGCCUAAAACAAAGCAAUCUGGACAAAGCUCACGACUGGCUGAAUGAGGUUUCUCAUCCAACUUCUUCCAAUUACGGUCGUCACUGGACACAGGAACAGGUCAUCGAGGCUUUCCAGCCUUCCAACGAAACCUUAUCCGCGGUCCUAGAAUGGCUCACGUCCUCCGGUAUCUCCAAAUCACGCAUCAAACAUACUGAAAACAAACAGUGGCUAGCUUUCGAUGCUACGGUCCAAGAAGCUGAGAACCUUCUCCAUACUACCUAUCACGAAUACGAACUUGACCAGGAGGGACAUUCCAUGAUUGGGUGUGAGCAAUAUCAUGUCCCGAAGCAUUUGAGUAAACAUGUGGAUUUUAUUACGCCGGGGGUGAAGCGGUCUCAGAUGAGGAAGAGAGGGUUUGGGAAGCCGGGGCUCGGGAGACCGUUUGGAUGGAAGAAACCUUUUCAGCACCCUGCGCCGGAUAUGGUUCAUGAUUAUAAUGAGUUGGAGACCUGUGAUGUGGCUAUUACGCCUGGUAUGUAUGGGGAUUUUUGUCGCGUUGCAUGGUGCUGAUGAUUGGUAUAGCCUGUCUUCAAGCCCUCUAUCACUUCACACCUCCGAAUUCGCAAGCUCAAGUCAGCCCCAAUAAUUCCAUGGGCAUCUUUGAAGAGGGCGACUACUAUUCUCAAAAGGACCUGAAUCUCUUCUAUUCCAAUUUCACGCGCUACAUUCCCAACGGAACGCAUCCAAUUCUGGAUUCCAUCGAUGGCGGACAAGCUCCCGUGACAGUCGCCGAUGCCGGUGGAGAAAGCGAUCUGGACUUCGAAUUGGCGAUUCCGAUUAUUUAUCCGCAGACGACGACUUUGUACCAGACGGACGACCCGUACUAUGCCCAAGGGUAUAGCGAGAGCGCAACGGGAAUCUUCAACACGUUUCUGGACGCGAUUGACGGGAGUUAUUGCACCUAUUCUGCGUAUGGCGAAACGGGCAACGAUCCGGUCUUGGACCCGACAUAUCCUGAUCCGAAUGGAUAUAAUGGCACUCUGAUGUGUGGCGUGUCAGUCUCCCUCCCUUUCCUCCCAUCUUCCUCCGUCCCCAACUGACACUUUCCCACCCAAGCUACAAACCCACAAACGUCAUUUCCAUCUCCUACGGCGAACAAGAAGCCGACCUCCCGGCCUACUACCAACGCCGCCAAUGCCACGAAUUCCUCAAACUCGGCCUUCAGGGCGUCUCCAUCUUCGUCGCUUCAGGAGAUACAGGUGUAGGCGGCUACGCCGGUUCCCCAACACCAAACGGCUGUCUCAGAAACGGAACCGUCUUCUCCCCUACACAGCCCAAUUCCUGCCCUUACCUCACCAACGUCGGCGCCACAAAAGUAUUCCCCGGCAAGAGCGUCCACGACCUGGAAUCCGCCGUCGAUGAUCCCGCUGGCCAUCCUUACAGCAGCGCAUUCUAUUCCGGCGGAGGGUUCUCCAACAUCUUUGCGAUUCCGGAUUACCAGACUGCGGCGAUCGCCGCGUACUACGCCACUUCCAACCCGCCGUAUCCGUACUACUACGACGGCGACUACCUCAACAGCAGCAGCGGCGGGGUCUACAACCGCAACGGCCGCGGGAUUCCCGAUGUCGCCGCCAACGGGGAUAAUAUCGCCGUCUACGUCCAGGGGAACUAUUCCCUCAGCGGCGGGACCAGCGCUAGUUCUCCCAUCUUCGCUGCUCUGGUGAAUCGGAUCGUAGAAGAGAGGAUUCGAGUGGGCAAGGGGCCCGUGGGCUUCAUUAAUCCUGUGUUGUAUGAGCAUCCAGGUGUCUUGAACGAUAUCGUGAAUGGGAGUAAUCCGGGGUGUGGCACGGAAGGGUUUAGGUGUGCGAAGGGAUGGGUGAGUUCUCCUUUUUCAUUUUUUCCUUCUUGAAUUGUAGGGGUUCUAGGAAAGACUGAAUUUUAUCUUGAUGCUGACUUUGAUUCUUCUUCUGCUUAGGAUCCUGUAACGGGAUUGGGAACGCCGAAUUAUCCCAAGAUGCUGGACUUGUUCUUGAGUUUGCCUUGA